AUGGCGGCUAACGCUCCGGAGAAUUCUCCGCCUUCGCCCUCACCGCCAAAUUCUUCAUCGAAUAACUCGUCUUUGUCAUCUCCACCGUCUCAGUCGCCACCGCAAUCGUCUUCACCACCACCACAAUCGCCACCCUCAACACCAGAGAAACCGCCACCACCUCCUAAACAAGAGUCAGACUCAACUCCUCCACCGCCACCGCCACCACAACCAACUCCACCACCACCGUCACCAUCACCACCACCACCAUCAUCACCACCACCUUCACCACCACCACCAUCCACAUCACCAUCACCACCACCACCCCCAACUCAACAUACUCCGCCACCACCAUCAACACCACCCCCAACUCAUCAUAUUCCACCACCACCAAAGUUGACACCCCCAAUUGCAUCACCUGCAAUUGUUCCUUCUCCGCCGAAACAUUCACCUCCACCACCAAAACUACACUCAUCGCAUAGUAACAGUGGAGACGGUGGAUCAAAAUCAAAUAACUUAUCGUUACAGUUACCGCUUAUAAUUGGUCUUACAACCGGCGUUGUUUUAUUGCUCGUUAUCGCUAUAACACUUGUUAUUGUAGUAUUCUGCAGAAAAAAGAAGAAGGAAAUGUAUCAUAAUAAUCACAUGCAAUAUUAUAAUAAUUUAGGUGACGGUGGAUAUGGAAAUGCCGCCCCAGCAGGACACAUGAAUAAUGGGUACGAAGCUAAUAAUCACGCUGCCACUAAUUUAGCUCCGCCACCGGGUGGAGCUGCAGGCCACGGAGGGUGGCAACAAACACCGUCACCACAAGGGUAUAUGUCUUAUUCUAGUGAAAUGACCUCCAAUGUAACCGGUCAACCGGAAACACCAGCCACGCAUGCAUCGCCAUUGCAAUUAGGGCUCAACCAAAGCUCAUUCAGCUAUGAAGAGCUAUCUAUGGCAACAUUUGGGUUCUCUCAAGGGCAAUUGCUAGGUCAAGGUGGGUUUGGGUACGUCCACAAAGGUGUUUUGGUCGGCGGCAAGGAAGUGGCCAUCAAGAGUCUCAAAUCCGGUAGCGGGCAAGGCGAACGCGAAUUCCAAGCCGAAGUCGAGACGAUUAGCCGCGUUCAUCAUAGGCAUCUUGUGUCUCUUGUUGGGUAUUGCAUAGCCGGAGAAAGAAGGAUGUUGGUCUAUGAAUUUUUUCCUAACAGAACACUUGAAUACCACCUUCAUGAGAAAGGCCCCAUGGAUUGGCCUACCAGGCUCAAAAUUGCAUUGGGAGCAGCUAAAGGACUUGCAUACUUGCAUGAAGAUUGCCACCCUCGCAUCAUUCAUAGAGACAUCAAAUCUGCCAACAUCUUACUUGAUUAUACUUUCGAAGCUAAGGUGGCUGAUUUUGGGUUGGCUAGACUCACUCAAGAUAACAAUACUCACGUCUCAACUCGUGUCAUGGGAACAUUUGGUUACUUAGCUCCUGAAUAUGCAUCAAGUGGUAAGUUAACAGAGAAAUCCGAUGUUUUCUCCUUUGGUGUUGUGCUAUUGGAGUUGAUAACCGGACGUAGACCUUUGGAUCUAAACUCGAAUAUGGACGAGAGUUUAGUCGAUUGGGCUAGACCUUUAUGUGAGACUGCAAUGGAUACUGGAAACUUUGGAGAAUUGGUGGACCCGCGCCUAGAGAACAAUUUUGUCCACCAGGAGAUGGCUCGAAUGGUUGCAUGUGCUGGUGCAUCUAUUAGGCAUUCUGCUAGAAGAAGACCGAAAAUGCGACAGAUUGUGCGUGCAUUGGAGGAUGAGGUUCCAUUGGAUGAGGUAAAGGGAGUAGUGGCGGCAACCCAAACUUCAAGGUUCAGCCCAACGAACGAGAGCGGCGAGCAUGAGUCUAGUUUAUAUAGUGAAGACAUGAAAAGAAUCAGGGAAAUGGUAAUGGACAACCGAGACUACAGGAACAGCGAUUAUGGGAACACAGACUACUACGGCCACAAUCCUUCUUCUUCCUCUGGUAGUGGCUCCAGAGGACUGUAG